CUUCUUUCUCUCUCUCCUCUGUCCGAAAACCAAAAUUAAUACUAAUCAUCAGACAAAAAAAAGGAGAGGAGACAGGAGGGGGCACAAAUACCACAGCAACUCUCUCUCUCUGCAUUGCAGUCUAUCCCUAACAAAAUCAUGGCGGAUAAGGGUCGACCAUUGCCAAAGUUUGGUGAAUGGGAUGUCAAUGACCCUGCAUCAGCUGAGGGAUUUACAGUUAUCUUCAACAAGGCUAGAAAUGAGAAAAAGACAGGUGGCAAGGUUGAGUCCCCAAAUGACUCCGCAGACCAGCGAGGGGCUGUUCUUGGAAAGCCUCAAUCUCAGAAAAAAUGGUUUUGCUGUAUACAAGCUGCAGAUGCAGAUUAAUGAGGUGGCUCUUACAGCGUUAAGAGCUUCCAAAAGAAAGCAUUAUUUAUCUACUUCGACCCUUAUGAAUGAUCCAGAGGACUGGAGCUGUAUCAGAAGCUAUGACAAGUCCUGCUGGAAUCUGUUUGUUUGGUACUUGAGCUUUGCUGAUGAUGAUCCAGGCUUGGGGUGAGAGAACAAUGUUGUUUUAUGUUUAUGUGCACUGGUGGGUUGUUACUGCCCUUUUUGCACCCUUCUUUACUCAAUAUAUUAUGGUUUGACACUAAUGUUAAUGACAUUUUUAUUCUAUAUUGUUUUUGAAUGGAUGUGAUUUUUCUUGUGUAACCUUCAACUGUGUCUCCAGUUGUGUUCGAUCUUGAUCGUAACACCAGUUAAAAACUUAUCAAAAAAAGGAUUGUCGGU